AGCACUGGUGUGACUUCCUGCCGUCAGAGGAUCCGAGGAUGAUCCUGUCACGACGUGUGAGUCUCUGACCAGCAGGGGGCAGCCUCACCUGCAUGACGUCACGGUGGGCGGAGUUUGAGCCGUUAAAGUCUGAGCUGCUGCUUCAUGCGGCUUCUCUUCACCUGCAGCUCGGGAAGGUCCACUCCUCCACAGCGCCGCACAGUUCUGCAGGACAAAGUGGGCGUGUGAGGAUGAAGGAGGAGAAAGAAGACAGGAACACGCUCAUCGCCAUGGAAACGAGUCCUUCCUGCAGUUAUGGCAGCAUCGGCGUUUCACCAGCUAAUUCUCCAGUCCCGGACAGGAACGUGUUCAGCGACGGGAUGACUCGGGUUGACUUCGUGUUGGUGUGGGAGGAGCCUCGCUGCUCCAAUGAGGACAACUCAGCAGUAGACCCCGCCCACAUGAAGUGGAGGGAGGAGUUUUUGAGAAGGCUGGAGGGUGUUGGACUCCUGCAGGAGCGGAGGGAGGUCCUCCAGAUGAAGAAGAAGGUCUGCUUUGUCCUCCUCAGCGCUCCAUGGGACGUCCUCUGCUUCUACGCCGAGGAGAUCAGUCUGAGAGUUCCUCUGCAGGUGGUCAGCACUCCAGUAGUGAACUGGUCUCAGCAGAUCCUGUCCACGCUGUCCCUGCCGAACCCCCUGCUCCAGGACGUGCCCAACCCCCCGCCGGACUUCUACACCUGCCAGUUCAGGACCAACAAGCUGCAGAGGUUUUUGGGGAGUGACAACAAAGAAACCUUCUUCAAGACCACCCAGAGACACCAGGUGUUGUAUGAGAUCCUGGCCCGGACUCCGUACGGUUCUGUGCGGAAAGGGGAGGUUGGAAUUGACCGACUGGUGAACGAGGAGGUCUUCACCGCCGCGUACCCUCUGCACGAGGGUGACUUCCAGCUCCCAGCCCCCCCAGUGGCCCCCCAGGUGUUGGGGCUGAGACAGAUCCUGUUUGCGUACUGGGCUCGCUGGUCCUGCUGGAGACGGUAUCAACCUCUGGACCACAUCCGAGAGUACUUUGGGGAGAAGAUCGCACUAUACUUUGCCUGGAUCGGGGUCUACACCGGCUGGCUGUUGCCUUCUGCUCUGGUUGGGACUCUGGUGUUCUUGUUUGGGCUCUGGGUCAUGGCAGUGGACGUCCCCGCGAAGGAGGUGUGCGACAGUGGAAACACCUUCAUCAUGUGUCCCAUCUGCAACAUCUGCUCCUUCUGGAACUACUCCAGUAUCUGCCACACCUACAAGGUGGGGCUGCUGUUUGACAAUGCCGGGACGGUCUUCCUGAGCGUCUUCAUGUCUCUGUGGGCCGUCACCUUCCUGGAGUACUGGAAGAGGACUUCCUCCUCCUUGUCCCACCGCUGGGACUGCUCAGACUUCCAGGACAUCGCGGAGCGUCCUCGUCCAGAGUUUACCGCCAUGGCGCCAAUGACUACCAGGAACCCGAUAACUGGAGCCGAGGAGCCGUACUUUCCCGAUAAGCAGAGGUUCAACAGAACCCUGACGGGCUGCAUGGCCAUCCUCCUCAUGGUGUCUGUGGUGCUGAUGUUCCUCAUCGCCAUCAUCCUCUACCGCACCAUCCUCAGCAUCAUCAUCCACAGGUCCAACAACAGCUUCUUCAGCGUCUCUGCUGGGAGGAUAGCCAGUCUAUCAGGAUCCGUGUUGAACCUUUUGCUGAUCCUCCUGUUGUCCAGAGUUUACACCUCCCUGGCCCACAUUCUUACCCGCUGGGAGAUGCAUCGCACGCAGAGCAAAUACGAAGACAUGUUCAUCCUCAAAGUCUUCGUCUUCCAGUUUGUGAACUUCUACUCGUCUCCAGUUUACAUCGCUUUCUUCAAAGGCAGGUUUGUUGGUUACCCUGGAAACUACAACUCUUUGUUUGGAGUUCGUAACGAGGACUGCGGAGCAGGAGGAUGUCUGGUGGAGCUGGCUCAGGAGAUGCUGGUCAUCAUGGUGGGAAAACAGCUGAUCAACAACGUGCAGGAGUUCAUCUCCCCGAAGGUGAAGUCGUGGUGGCAGAGGAGGAAGAUGAGUCCUCAGGGGAAGAAGGAGGAGAAGAAGCUUUCUCCAUGGGAGGCCGACUACCAGCUGCUGGUCUGUGAGGGUCUCUUCAGUGAAUAUCUGGAGAUGGUGCUGCAGUUCGGGUUUGUCACCAUCUUCGUGGCGGCGUGUCCUCUAGCUCCUCUCUGCGCUCUCAUCAAUAACUGGCUGGAGAUUCGCUUGGACGCUCAGAAGUUUGUAACUGAAUACCGCCGCCCGGUGGUGGAGCGAGCUCAGAACAUCGGCAUCUGGUUUCCCAUCCUGCAGUUCAUCACGCACACGGCGGUCCUCAGCAACGCCUUCCUCAUCGCCUUCACUUCCUCUUUUGUGCCGCGGUUGUACUUCCGCUACACCAGAGACAGCUCGCUCAACGGCUACAUCAACUUCACUCUGGCAACGUCACCACACACCUUCAACCAGCAACACCUGAACGCAUCAUGCAGGUAUCGGGGUUUCAGGAACGAUAAAGGUGAGUUCCUGCCGGAGUACUUCCACCUGCUGGCCAUUCGUCUGAGCUUCAUCAUCAUCUUCGAGCAUGUGGUCUUCUUCGUCGGGCGUCUGAUCGACAUGAUGGUUCCAGACAUUCCUGAGGAGGUGGAGAUGAAGAUAAAGAGGGAACACUACAUGGCUAAGGAGGCUCUGGCGGAGAACCAGUCUUUGGGGAAAAUCAAAAUCCCAGGCGAGAAGAUCGACGUUCUCACCGCUGAGCUGCAGAGGUUCUCCUCUCCACAAAGAGACGCUCCUGCUCCAGAUCUGAGGGAAAGUCCAGAGGAUCAGAACCAAAGCCCGGCUACUGAGAGGGAAGACAUCUAAAAUGGUUUUUCCUCCUGAAUGAGACCAAAGACUCGGAUCAAACCGAGAGCAACCUGUGGAUCCUUUAAUGGAAGAACUAGAGGAACAUUGGACCCUCAGAGCUCAGACACUACUGGACCUCCAGAACCAAACUUCCUAAAGUUUCUUCAUGAGACCUCCUGCAGCUUCACAAAUUCAUCCUCUCUUACUUCAGUGGAUCCACAGGAUGUACUGUCCAAAAAUACUCCUCAAGAUGUCCCACCUGAGGGAUCCAGGCUCACCUGAAUGUCCUGGAACAGUUCUUCAGAUCCUGCAGAUCUGCCGAUCUAGAUCUGCUGGUCUGAUCCAGAGAUGGAGCACUCUGCCUAAUGAACAUGGCGUCUUUAGUUUUCUGACAGUGGUUAUUCCAGAGGAGCAUGAAACCACAACAUUCAGCCCAGCACAACUUUGUCAUCAGAACCAGAACCACCGGCUCCAGUCCAGCUGAAAGGUUCUAUGACCAAGACCUGCUGGGGGGAAGGUCCCACACAGACAGACUUCUGCGUGGAGAAAAGGUCAGCUCCAUUAAGCUCCUGGUUCUGCAGAACAGUGAUGGUUCUGUUGGAUCGUGGCUUGAACGGUUCUAGAUGGUCAAGAAGUUUCAUCAUGUUUGUGGUGAACAGCAGCUUCUCAUCUGGACUCCCUGAAAAGAUGCCAGAGCGUCACCCAAAAACAACAUCUCAAACUUUGACGAGGGCUCUGGCUAACGUCUGGAUCCGGCCGUCCCAUCACUCCUGUUCCUCAGGUCCUCCAACCCCUCAUCACUGCCGAUGACACGAGCCCUGAGGGGAGGAGCCAAAAGGAACCAAUUCCAACGUUUCUGUCAUCACUGAACUGAUUUGGUGCAGUCGUAAAACUAAAGGAGGACAUCAUGAAUGAAAACAGAGAACAAGCGGUUCCUGACGUUAGAACAUUUGUAUUUAGAAAGAUAAUGGUCAUAUUUUCUCCAUGCUUACAUCUGAACCAGAUUACCGGUUCCAGCCGAUCAGAAAGUGUAGCUGCCGGUUCCUCUGGACCGGUGCUGAAGGUUCCAGUGUGGUGACCGUGUUCUGGGCCAUGAUCACAUGAACACGUUCUCUGUCACAUCCUGUUCCCUCUGAUGGAGUCUCAGGUUCGGACACAGAAUCCUCCGUAGAGAGCAGACCGUAGACCAGCUCGGCUCCGCUGUAGAGGCGUUCAGGACCUGUACCUGUCCAUCGUGUUGAUGGUCAUCCUGCAGGUUGAGCAGAGGUGGUUGUGGUUGAGACCCUGAAAUUCCCCAAGCAGGUGGACAGGUGUCCCGUCAGGCCCAGAUGUCUUCUGGGUGUUGAGUCUCUUUAGUCUGAGAGACGGGUUGUUCUGUUGAUGAUGUCCAGUUCAUCGGAGCAAACCUCCCAAGAGAAAGUCCUCCUCAUCUUCAGGAUCAGGUCUUUGAACUAUAUAUUAAAAAAAAGUUAUUUUACAAAAUGAAUUGAAAAAACAAACAUUACCAAUAAGUCUGGAACAGUAAUUUAGAGUGAAAGUUUCAAACAUCCACCACAGCUUUAUCAGUCAAACUAUGAUGUAAAUUGACUCCUUUCUACUAAUAAUGCGCUUUUACACAGAAAUAUUUCUAACAUAUGAAAGUAUUACUUUUGACUUUUAAAGAACGUAUGAACUAAUAAAGAACCAGUGAUGCUU